GUACGGAAAGCCAAGAAGGACAGCGCCAGUACCCGGAUGUAGCAUCACGUUGCUAACAGGAGUUAGCAGUAAGCUAGCUGUCCUGUCGGCCUUCGGUGACUAGUUGUCCGUUUACUCUUCACACGCAGGUUGGUGGUCACCUAGACUUUGAUCAGAAUGGGGGUGAAGGACCGCCCUCAGUGUUACUUUGACGUGGAGCUCAAUCGCGAGCCAGUUGGGCGAAUUGUCUUUCAACUUUUUUCCGACGUUUGUCCCAAGACCAGCAAGAACUUUCUCUCUUUGUGCACUGGUGAAAAGGGAACAGGCAAAGUGGCAGGAAAAAAGCUGUGCUACAAAGGCUCCACAUUUCACAGAGUUGUAAAGAACUUUAUGAUCCAAGGAGGCGACUUCACUGACGGAAAUGGAAGAGGAGGAGAGUCCAUAUAUGGUGGCUACUUUGAAGAUGAGAAUUUCACUCUCAAACACGACCGCGCCUUCCUGUUGUCCAUGGCCAACCGUGGGAAAGACACCAACGGUUCACAGUUUUUCAUCACCACAAAGAUGGCGCCUCAUCUCGAUGGAGUCCACGUCGUCUUCGGUCUCGUCAUCUCCGGCUUUGAGGUGAUCAAAAAGAUCGAGGGGCUGAAGACGGACUCGGCGAGCCGACCGUACGCCGACGUGAGAGUGGUGGACUGUGGACAGCUGAUUACCAAGUCGGCUAACGAUGUCCUUGAAGGCAAAAGGAUGAGAGCUUCUCGUUCUGCGGACUCCUCCCUCAAUUCCGUGGACACUUCAUCCCAGAGAUCCACCUCCAUGGAGUCUGACAGCUCGGAAAAGCCCCAAUGUCGUAAGAAUAAGAGACCUGGCAAAAGUAGGAGGCCCAAAAAGAGGAGGAGGCUGACAAAGAGGGAGAAUGAUGUUGACAUUGAAUCUUCCAAACAAAGCUCACACAAGCCUUUAAAAGAAGAAAUGGGAGACGCCGAUGCGGAAGGAGAGAAAGACCAAGUUGGGAAGAGAGAAAAGCCAGUAGUUCGACCAGAGGAGAUCCCGCCUGUGCCCGAGAACCGCUUUCUGCUCCGACGGGAUGUUCCAGGCCAGGAGAUCAAAGCAGAGAUUGUUGAGAAACAAGAAGCUGCUCUCCCAGCGGAACAGAUGCCUGCGGUCUCAAAGUCUGGACGCAAGAUCAGAGGCAGAGGAACAAUCAGGUAUCACACUCCCACCAGGUCUAAAUCUCGGUCCGCUUCAGUGGAAGAGCGUGGCAGCAGUGAAACUCCGCCCCACUGGAAGGAGGAGAUGAUGCGGACUAAAGCCUAUCAACCUCCCAGUGUGGAGAGAUGGAGCAAAGGGGACCGAUGGGACGACCGAAGCGACUCUGCGUGGUCCAGGUCGUCUGAGCGCUCAUCCGACCGCAGCUCUGAGCGGUCCAGCCCACAGCGCCAACCUAAGAAGGAGAAGAAGAAAGGCAAACACAAAAAGAAGGUGAAAAAACAUAAACAUGGCAAGAAGAAGAGUUCCAAGAGCAAACCUCAAGAGGUUGUUACGUCAGAGGCGGAAAGGUGGCCAUCUUCAAGAAGGUCCAAAUCCAGAACCUCCCGCUCUCCAUCUCGUUCCACUUCAAGUCAGCGUUACGCCAGACGUCAGUCCUCUGUGUCGCGAUCUUACUCCAGAUCCCGGAUAUCCAGUCGAUCUAGAUCCCGGGCGAAGUCUUAUAAAAGAUCCAGAUCUUAUUCAAGAUCGAGGAGCCUGUCUCAGUCUAGAAGCCGUUCUCAGACUCGAUCUAGAUCACGUUCCUAUUCUCGAUCCAGGUCCAGAUCAAGGUCCAGACAUGGGUCCAGGUCAGUGAGUUCAAACAGGAGGAAGAGUUUAUCCAGAUCUCCAAGAAAGCGGAAAUCCAUCAAGUCCAAAGCAGACGCCACAGCAGGAAAGAUAUCUGAGGGUAAAGUCACAUCGUCCUCUAGACUCCCGACUGUAUCGCCUUUAGAAAGUGUCCCUGUGAUCCCCAUGAGCGACAGUCCUCCCCCGUCUCGCUGGAAGCCAGGUCAAAAGCCCUGGAAGCCUUCCUACAUCCAUAUUCAUGAAAGCAAAGCCCAAAUAUCUUCACAGAAUAUUUCCUCCACGGAACAAACAGUUGAAGAGAAAGCCCCGAGUUCAGUUCUGGAAAAUCGUCUGACUGGUGACGCAGAAGUCGAUGGAGCACACAAACCCACACAGGACUCACCCAGCAGGUCCUCCAGAAGCAAGUCCCGCAGCCGUUCAUACAGUCGCUCUAAAAGCAGGAAUUCCAGCAAGUCCAGGUCCCGUCACAGCAGAUCUUCCACACCAAGCGAAUCAAACUUUAAACACUCACACAAGACAAGGAGCAGAAAGAAGAAAGCCACUGACAAGGAGUGGAAAAAGUAUUACAAUUCUCUGAAGAAAAUAAAGAAUAUAGACAAGCACUUUUCACUGUCCACCACUCAAGAAAUGGAAACAGGAACAGGCUGUGAGCCAAGUCCUGUUGACGUCUCCAAGGGAAUUAAUGAGCCGUGCAGUUCUCUGCAGGAAAAGACAAAAAACAGCAGCUCAGGGCUGGAGGAGGACUUGAAUAACAGGUCUGGAUGGGACAGCGAUAGUGAUAAAGUCAGCCUCAGCAACACUGCUAAUCUAACCAAACAUCAGAACCAAGCAUUCAGUAGCAUAUCGGACAAGAAGACUUCAGGCCUAACUGGGUGGAAUUCUGAUAGUGACCAAGAAACCAUAACCUGCAGGGCACUGGCUCUGUCUGAAAAAGAGGAAGGCGAAGCCAGCUCUGAAUCUGACUGUGAAACUUCCAAAAAGACCACUGAGGCCACGGCAGUUGAGGUUCCUGCAGCUUCUCAUCCGUCAGACGUCUGUCCACAGGAAGCUGAACAUGAGAAGCACAAGAGCAAGAAGAAGUCCAAACGGAAGCACAAACAUAAGAGCAGAGAGACCAAGACUGCUUCCCAUCAUGCAAAGGACAAGAGCAAACGAUCCAAGAAGAAACGUCAGAAGCUCAAAGAGACUUUUCACUGGCAGCCGCCUUUAGAGUUUGGAGAGGAGGACGAUGAAGAGGAAUCAAAGCGAGAGAGACGCAGCCCGAUGAGAGCUGCCAAUGAAGAAACCAAGGUGGACCUGAGGAGUGUUAAAGAGCCGCAUGUGACCUCUCUCAACAAGAACCCAAAUCCAGAAGAAAGCAGGGGGCAGCUGAGGGUGAAAGAACAUAACAAAAACUCCAAACUAUCUGAACCUCUUCAUCAGGCGUCCAACAGAAAUAGUUGUAACAAAGAGCAGCACUCUAUGGAGGACAUGGACAUUUGUACUCCUGAGCAUGAAACAGUCAUCGAAGCUUCAACUACACCUAAUUCCUUGAAUAAAACCCCUGAAAUAACUCUCAAAAACACUUCCCAUCUGCCUGCCAAAGCCAGUAAAGAUGCCCAACAUCAUCAGCUGCAAGGCCCAGAACAAUCUACCGUUACCGCGACAACAGCCCACGGACUCAAAGCUGAAGCGGAGCCGGGCAAACCUCCAGGCACCAAUGUUAGCUUCAAGUGGAGGCCUUUGAAAGGAACGUCUUCUCUGCAGAGCGUCAACACGGCCUUGCUGGAAGCCAAACACAUGCUAGUGCAGCAGAGCCCCUCGUCAAACGCGCAGGGAGUGAGGAUGGAGAUCAAGAGCACCAGCCGGGUGCGACCCGGUUCGCUCUUCGACGAAGUCCGCAAGACUGUGCGGCUCAACCGGAGGCCGAGGAACCAGGAGAGCUCCGGCGAGGACAGCUCCCCUUCUGUGGGAAUAACCGGGGAUGACUCCCCGAGGACGUCCAGGUCGGUCACCCGGCGAUCUCGCUCCGCUUCCAGCCAGCGCUCCCGCACAAGAGACUGGUCGCACUCCUACAGCAGGUCCAGGAGUCGAUCGCGGAGCUCCAGCUACUGCUCCAGGGAUCGCAGCAGAAGUCGAAGGAGACACGGCAGGGGACGCUCCCGCAGCAGCACAUACAGAAGUUACAGAAGUCACAGUCGGACGUACAGUAGGAGUCACUCCAGGAGUCGCUCCUAUUAUCACCGCAGCAGACGAUCCAGGUCCGAGUCCUCCGACAGCUAUUCCAGUCGUAGUCGCAGCGCGAGCAGGCGUCGAGGGCGGCGCCGGAGCAAAAGCUACAGGAGUUCGGACCGCAGAUCUCGGUCCUCACGCUCCUCCACUCGCAGUUCUUCACGUCGCAGUCACAGCAGUCGUUACAGCUGAGACUUGUCAGGUGGACUCUCUCUCUCUCUCUCUCUCUCUCUCUCUCUCUCUCUCUCUCUCUCUCUCUCUCUCUCUCUCUCUCUCUCUCUCUCUCUCUCUCUGUUA